AUGAAAGCGGGGUGUAAAGGGAGGUUCUUGAUGGAUUGGGAUUUAUACCUAAUUGGGAGAGCGCAAAGCACCAAAAUUUUGAAAAAAAAUGAAUCCUCAACACUCAAGCAUUUAGGGACCACUUUUCGUGCACUAAAGUCAUUACUAACAUUCGCCUCGACUUGGGGGAAUUUUUGUUGUAUUUGUACAGGAGUAAGUUUCGUACCUAUUUGUCAAAUAGCAUAUAUUACAAGUACCAUAAACACAUGUAUACACGUGCAUAAAUUGAUUGUUGAUCCUGCUUUCUACGAACUUCAAACGGCAACAAUUCAACCAAACAAGUACCAAAGUGAGCAAUUACCCACAAGUAACGUAUUUUCUUCCGAUAUGAAGUUAUUCACCACAUUCGGGUUCACUUUGCCGCUAGCAGCAACAAGAACCUGGCUUUACUUCACAUCAACAAUCACAUCAUUCUUUCUUCUUGUUCCAGUAUCAUUAAUUGCCUAUCAUGUAUACUACACCACAUUGAUUCCCGAUGCAAAUUCACCAUCAAUUCCGUUGGAUUUCAUAACCACCAAGAUUACCACACCCGUGAAAUCAGCUCAAUUUGGUCGUAUUUACAAACCAGGCCAAUUUGUCUCGCUAUCUAGUCCAAUUGACCCCCAAUCAAUAACAUCAGAAGAAAAUGAUAAUGGUGGUGUUACGAGUUUUACAUUUGAUAAGGAUUCGUUAUACACAUUUAAACUUAAUUUGGCUCUUUAUUGCGAUCAUCAAUUUGCUUAUGAUACAAGUAUUCAUACGGUAUAUUAUAGUUUACAGCUGAAUUUGAAACCAAUAAAAUAUGAUGAAGAUUAUGACAGAUGGGAAUAUGGAAGUGAUGAACCAGUUUUCAAAAGUGGGUCAUUUAUAUUAGAUUGUGAUCCCAAUUUGAGCCAUGGGUUAAGAAAUAAAUUCGUGCCACAGGCUUUACGAAAUUGGGUUCCUCCUUUGUUUAUUGAUUAUCGGAAAUAUCGAACAAUUGAAAUUGAUGCUUUUGAUAUAUAUGGAUCAGGAUUACUCCAAAACGAGCAUUUUGUUAAGACCUAUGAAAAAAGUCCAUCUCAAUCUUCAUUUAGUUUGAUUUUACAAACUCAAGAAGAUUCAUCAAGUAAGGUUCAACGAGUGUUUACAAUCGAUUCCAACGCCAGUUUUGCUCAAUUUACAUUAAAAUUGACAGGAUUUAGAUAUUUCAUGGCGAAAUACUUCUUUACGUUCUAUUUCAUUGGUAGUUUGAUUUUUUACAUCAUUUGUUGUGUUGUUACAUUCAUUACUGGAUAUGGGAUAUUAUUCACACGAUCUAGACCAUCGGGCGUUGCGAGAAGGUGA